AUGCCUCUAUUUUCUAGCCGUAGGCCCGAGGAAGAAGUCGUGGAGGAGCCUCUCCCCGAGAAGACUGAGAAGAGACAUUCACACGGUCUCUUCGGUUCCCGUCACCGGUCACCUUCUCCUGCCACCACUCAUAGCAGCACGACCAAUAGUUCAAGGAACUCAGACAUUUCAUCCCCUUCGCGCCACCGAAGCGUGCUACAACGUACCUUCGGACAUGGUAACACUACCAACCCGGACAUCGACCCGUCAAUCGUCCAGGCCCGCGAGCGUGUCAUGCAGGCCGAGACGGCUGAACGGGACGCCGAUAGAGCUUUAGAGUCAGCCCGUAUCCGUGUUCGCGAAGCUAGGGCCGAUGUUAAGAGACUUGAGCUGGAGGCUGCCGAGGAAGCCCGACGGGCAAAGAUCAAGCAGUACCACGCCCGCGAAGUCUCAAAGCGGGGCAAGCAACUUGGCCGUCACGAUGUCUAA